GAUAGAGAGAUCUACUCGUGAGAUGGAUCUGCUUUGAUUUUGAUCAGCGUUCAAUCAUGGUGAUGGCGUUUAUGUUCGCUCAAAAGUGAAGAUUUUUUAAAAUAAUAUUUGUGUGAAAGAAGCAAACACAUUGGCGAGAAAUAUAUCGGCUUCUCGAACUCGGCACGACUCAGUUUUGUGAUCGAACGUGCUAAUUUUGAUUAUCCUCGGUGGAAAUGAAAACGUAUUUGAGUACUGUGAAUAACAGUAGGUUGCGGGCAAGAUAUCGUUGUUGUUGUUCGGAAAAGUUGAAAAAAGAGCGGAAAAGUACAAACAAAAAACGGACAUAAACGUACACCGCACGCCGCACGGGGGUUAGAAUUAGGGGUUAGGGUGAGGAUUUUCCUGGGAAAAUAUGUCCGGUGAUAAAUCCGACGUGGAUAUCGAUAACCAGAGCGAAGACGGAGAAAUCAAAAAGAGUCCUAAGGAUAUGGAUUACAGUUUUUCUGAGGAAGAAGGCGGCGACACCGCCGACUCCCUGGAUAUCAAACCGCCGCAAGCGGUUGUUCAUCAUCACAAAUCGAGUUCUCGUCGUAGAGACAAGCACGGCGACCGAAGAAGUCGCAGAGAGGAAAAAGAACGCAAAUCGCGUCAGCAUGAACGCGAGGACAGACACAGAGACAAACACAGGCAUCGGAGACACGUCGGAGAACCGUUGGAAAGAUCCGAACGUUUAGAGAGUUCCAAGCGCAACCGCGAGAGAAUGGAGAGUCACUCGCACACGAGAGAGAGAGAAUCAUCGUCGAGACACGACCGCAAAGAGAGGAGCACGGGUGAUCGCGUUCUGGAAGAUCUGCGGGAAAGACUGUUGGAUAAGAGAAGAGAGAGGCGAGAAGAUCCUCGCGACAAUCGGGAUUACAAGAUCGAGUCGUCGUCUCGUCGCGAAUUGCGUUUGGACGAUCCGAGAGAGGUGUCGCGCGAAUCGCGAGAUCGUCGAGAUGUGCGAAUAGAUGAUAUAAGGGAACGUCGCGAGAUGCGUAUUAUGGACGACGUAAGAGGAGAACGUCGCGAGAUGCGACUCGAGGAGAGGCAUAUACACAGAAUGGUGGUGGACGAGGAAUUCUCGGACAGCGAGCUCGUGGAACGGCCCGAGAAACGUCGCAAGAGAUCUCACAAGCACGAUCGAACGCGCGAAAGGGAGCAGGAGAAGAUUGAACGUGAGAAGGAGCACAGGGAGAAGCAGCUGCGCGAAGCGAUGGAGAUCGUGUCCGACGAGAUCGGCGAGAUGGAGGUGCAAAAUGAGAUUCAGAUACAGAUGAAAGAUCCGAAGGAAAUGACCGAGCAGGAACUUAGAAAGGAAAGAUUGUUGGAAGCCGAUAGGGAAAUGGCUAGGAGAAAAGAGGUUUCGAGAAUGGAAUUGGAAGCGAGAAGGAUGAAACGAGGCGAGAAACGACCUUCGAGUCCGGACAACAAUCUGGACCCGUCGAUUGUUGAUCUGUCGGAUGAGAGCGCGAGUCCCGUUCACUCGGAAGAAGCGCGUUCGAAAUCGGCCGAGUCCAGACAUUCGUCCGAAGGCGAGAGAAGUCCCCGCGAUAGAUCUUCGGAUCGACACUCGUCCGAUUCCUCGGACUCGAGCACCGACGACGACGACGACUCCAACGAAUCGAACAAAGGUUCAGGCGGUGAUUCCAACGACGGUUCGGAUUACAACAAUCCGAGCCCUUUGUCGGUCGAUCGAUUGGCCAAGUCGGAUCAUUCGGAUGGAGAUUCUCCCGGACACGUUGAUUCUAAUAACGUUGCAAAAACUGUGGAGGACGAAGAAAAGAAAGACGAAAAACCGGAGUUACCGCCUUAUCUGCCAGCUAUUCAAGGUUGCAGAAGCGUCGAAGAAUUUCAAUGUUUAAAUCGCAUUGAGGAAGGUACUUACGGAGUGGUUUACAGAGCGCGCGACAAACGCACGGACGAAAUAGUUGCGUUAAAACGUUUGAAAAUGGAAAAGGAGAAAGAAGGUUUUCCGAUCACGAGUUUACGGGAGAUCAACACGUUACUUAAAGCGCAGCAUCCUAAUAUUGUUACCGUUCGAGAGAUAGUCGUGGGCAGCAACAUGGAUAAGAUAUUUAUCGUCAUGGAUUAUGUGGAACACGACUUGAAAUCGUUGAUAGAAACAAUGAAACAGAAGAAACAAGUUUUUAUACCCGGAGAAGUUAAGUGUCUGAUGCAGCAAUUGUUAUGUGCGGUCGCGCAUCUACACGACAAUUGGAUAUUGCAUCGCGAUUUGAAGACGUCCAAUUUGCUAUUAAGUCACAGAGGAAUCUUAAAGGUGGGAGACUUUGGUUUAGCACGAGAAUACGGCUCUCCCUUGAGACAAUACACACCGAUCGUUGUUACGCUUUGGUACAGAGCGCCCGAGUUAUUGUUGAGCGACAAUGAAUACAGCACGCCUGUAGACAUGUGGUCCGUAGGAUGUAUCUUCGCAGAACUUUUAAGAAUGGAGCCGUUGUUUCCCGGAAAAUCGAUUAUAGAUCAAUUGCAAAAGAUAUUCAAGGAGUUGGGGACACCGAGCGAGAGAAUCUGGCCGGGAUACAGUAAAUUGCCUGUAGUUCCAAAGAUCCCGUUCUCACACUAUCCGGUAAACAAUCUCAGGCAGAGAUUCAGUUUGUCAUUAUCCGAUUUAGGUAUCGAGUUACUUAACAAAUUUUUAACGUACGAUCCUGCGCAACGUACAAGUGCCGAAGAUGCUCUCAAACAUGGUUACUUCACCGAAGCACCUUUGCCGAUCGAUCCGCAAAUGUUUCCUACGUGGCCCGCCAAGUCGGAACAGGGAACCAGAACCACAAACGCGUCUCCGAAACCGCCAAGCGGCGGCCGAGAAUACAAGCAGUUGGGCGACGGUGACGACGCCGAGUUCAGCAAUUCCGGUUUUCACAUGGGUCUAACGGAAGGCGGCAGAGCGCCACCCGUUGGCGGCGGUUUUCAUUUGAAGUUCUAAAAAAUUGCUAUAUAUAUAAAUUAAUUUUUAUCCUAAACAAGACUUUUUUUUCUUAGACUAUGGAAAAUGUA